AUGUUGGAACUCAGGGACGAAUUUGGUGGCUCAGGGGUGUCGCAUGUUGGACCGCCAACGCGUGUUUUGGCGGAGAUCAACACUCGACUGACCCUGCAUGAGAGCAGCCUCUCGCUCCUCGACGACAACAACACACGCGCACCAAAAACCUGUUUCUGUUACAUCCUGAUUGCACAUCUUUUCCGAAAAACGAUUUUAUCCGCCCGAAAUCGGCGCGUAGCUCCUGCGAGUGCAGUGGAUCGGCUUGCCUUUACUGUCAUCAUCCUCGUCACCCGCAUUUGCCUCUUGGACAUCCGCAAAGCCUCAGACGCUUUCGCAGCCUCGAGCACCAUGGCGGAACACGAGUCAAACGGCGCAGAGGCGUCGACCAAACCUCAUCUCCCAUCUGGCGGCGCCAAUCUUGUAGACCCACCAGCUUCCACGAACGCGGCUGAGAGUCUCGAAGAGCAAGCUAUCACCGACGACCAGACCUCCUCUGUACCGACAGUCGCCGAAGACGCACUACCACAGCACCAGAAGGAGCAGCUUCCAGCAUCGGAAGAAAUUCGAUUGGAUCAGGCAGCACCCGCCGAAAGUACCUCAACGACAGCCAGUGUGCCCGGCAUCACCGUCUCGGACGCCUCCAAAGGCGACGCACUCGGUGCCAGCGGAGCUCCCGAGACCGACUCAGCUGCUGCACAACCGCAAUCCGCACCGACAACGGAAACAGAAGUACAAACAGAAGCACCGCAGCCACCAGCAAAAGAGCCUUUGUCAGAGCAAAACACACGCCAGACCAUCGUGGACAAUGCAGCUUCCGAGCCAACCGCAGAUGUUGCGGUCACCGCGCCCCCACCGCCUCCGGAGGUAUCAAGCUCGCGCGCCAGCAUGUCUAGGACGCGUCGCUCCUCCUCCGUCUCGACCACAGCCACCGCUGCCACCACCGUCCACUCGCGCUCAAGCCUCAGAAGCUUAAACAAGGGCAGUGCUGUCUUUGUCAUUGGCGCGUUGGAGACCAUCGCCGGUGCCAAGGAAGCCAGAAAGGACAAGGAGCUCAAGGAGGCCACCAAUAUCGCUUUGGACAUGGUCAAGGCUUCGGCCGCCCGCACCUCUUCAUUGAAAGCGUCCGACCAAGAGCAGCCCGUCCUGGAUCCACGAGUCGUCUUUGAACCUCUCCGCUUGGCAUGCAGAACGCGCAGCAACAACCUCACCAUCACCAGUCUCGAUUGCAUCAGCAAGCUCGUCAGCUACGCCUUCUUUGCCGAAGAUGACCCAGCUCAGGUCGCAAGCGCCAUCAUCGCUGCCGGCCAGCCACCACAGACGCUUGCGGAUCUCGUUACCGACACGGUCUGCGAUUGCUAUCAAGAGAACCUGGACGACAAGGUGGCGCUGCAGAUCAUCAAGGCCCUGCUCGCCUCGGUGCUAUCAACAACAGUCCACGUCCACCAAUCCAGUCUGCUCAAGGCGGUCCGAACCGUCUACAACAUCUUCCUCAUGAGCAAGUCGCCCGCCAACCAGGCGAUUGCUCAAGGCAGUCUAACGCAGAUGGUCCAUCACGUCUUUGCACGUGUCCCUCGAAGCACCGUGCCUGGCUCCGGCGCAGUCUCGACGUCUCACAGCACCUCUGACGUGACCCAGUCGCGGUCCAACGGGCAUUCGGAUGCACACAAAGCCGACACCUCGUCGCACACCGACGACGCUGCCGGUCAAGGUGACGACGCAAGCGGCUCUGCUGCACAAGAGAACAACGAGAAGAUCACCCUGCAGACUUUUGAGAACCGCAAAUCCUUCGAAGGCGCAUCCGAACGCGACAAUGCCGGUAGUCUAGCCAACAUGAGCACCUCCGAACUCUUUGUCAAGGAUGCCUUCCUCGUAUUGCGUGCGCUAUGCAAACUCACCAUGAAGCCGCUCGGUACCGAGAGCGAGCGCGACGUCAAGUCGCACGCAAUGCGAUCAAAGCUGCUCUCGCUCCAUCUCAUCCUCACCAUCAUCCAAUCACAUAUGGCCAUCUUCACCGACCCCAGCGUCAUCAUCCACAGCACCACCACCGGCGAGCAGACCCAAUUCGUUCAAGCAGUCAAGCAGUACCUCUGCCUCAGUCUCAGUCGGAACGCCGUCUCGAGCGUCAACCAGGUGUUCGAGAUCAGCUGCGAGAUCUUCUGGCUCAUCCUAGAUGGCAUGCGUACGAAGCUCAAGAAGGAGAUCGAGGUGCUGCUCAAUGAGAUCUUCCUGCCCAUCCUCGAGAUGCGUACUUCCACGGCGAGACAAAAGUCCAUCCUACUCGGUGUAAUGAUCCGUCUCUGCCAAGAUCCGCAGGCAUUGGUCGAGAUCUACCUAAACUACGAUUGCGAUAGGACGGCGCUGGACAAUAUCUACGAGCGUCUGAUGAACGUCAUCUCCAAGAUCUCGCAGGCCCACGUCUCACCCAAUGCCGACGGAAAGGGUGACAAGGAUGCUGCAUCGGCUUCGACCUCGGGAGCUGCAUUGCCUAAGGCGAGCGGCUCGGGCCCAUCCAUCCCACCUGCACUCAGUACUGCUGCAGCUGGCGAAGCUUCCCAUGACUCAGGGUCGACGCCGUCCGCGGCCAACCAGUCGGUGGAGGCACGCCUGAAGCGACAGAGUCUGGACUGUCUCUGCUCGGUGCUGCGUUCCUUGGUGGUCUGGUCGAGCCGUGCUCCCGUGCCAGCAGAAGCAGCAAGUCACUACCUCGGCGGACAUCCUGGCGACAACACCGGCUCACCACGCGCCAGCGAAGACAUCCGUAUCGGCAACGAGACCAUCACCGUCGACAGCGAAAACCUCAUGGAGUCGGCUUCCUCAGCCGGUGUUCCAGGUCCUCUGUCCAAUCUCGGCGCAAGCACCGCAUCCGAGAACAGUCGCGGUCAGACGCCCGAGCCACAAGACGACCCAAGCCGCUUCGAGAACGCCAAGCAACGCAAGACCAUCCUUCUCGAGGCGAUCCGCAAGUUCAACUUCAAACCCAAGCGUGGAAUCGACGAUCUCAUCAAGAACGGCUUCAUCCGCUCGCGCGAGCCCGCCGACAUAGCGCGCUUCCUCCUCUACGCCGACGGUCUCAGCAAGGCGCAGAUCGGCGAGUUCUUGGGCGAAGGUACGCCGGAAAGCAAUGCCAUCAUGCACGCCUUUGUCGACAUGAUGAACUUCGAGGGGCUCGGUUUCACGGAUGCGCUUCGACGGUUCUUGCAGGCGUUCAGGUUGCCGGGAGAGUCGCAGAAGAUCGAUCGAUACAUGCUCAAGUUUGCCGAGCGGUUCGUGCACGGCAACCCGAACGCGUUUGCCAAUGCCGACACUGCUUACGUCUUCGCCUAUUCGGUCAUCAUGCUCAACACGGACGCGCACAACCCGCAGGUCAAGCAUAGGAUGACGUUCAAAGACUUUGUCAAGAACAACUCGGGUAUCGACGAUGGUAAGAGCUUGCCGGACGAGUAUCUGCGCUCGGUGUUUGACGAGAUUCAGACCAACGAGAUCAAGAUGAAGGACGAGGUGGCAGCUCCUGCACCUGCGGCUGCGUCGUCAGGGUUGGCCAAUGCUAUUGCCACGGUCGGAAGAGACUUGCAACGAGAAGCGUACGUGCUGCAAUCCGAGGGGAUGGCGAACAAGACCGAGGCGCUAUUCAGGACCAUGGUUCGUGCACAGAGACGCAUCGGCCCGCAACAGAGGGCUGCGGCGGAACAGUUCUUCUCCGCGUCGCACUUUGAGCACGUCAAGCCCAUGUUCGAGGUGGCUUGGAUGCCGUUCCUGGCCGGAAUCUCUGGACCGCUGCAGGAGUCGGACGAUGCAGAGGUCGUCGAGAAGUGUCUCGAGGGUUUCCGCGACGCCAUCAAGAUCGUCUCGCUGUUCGGUCUGGAGUUGGAGAGGAACGCUUUCGUGACGACGCUGGCUAAGUUCACAUUCCUGAACAAUCUGGGCGAGAUGAAGAGCAAGAACGUUGAGGCGAUCAAGACGCUGCUCGGAGUAGCGCACAGCGAGGGCAACUAUCUCAAGGGCAGUUGGCGCGAAGUCUUGACGUGUGUCAGCCAGUUGGAGCGCUUCCAGCUUAUCAGCGGCGGGAUGGACGGUCGACAGCUCCCUGAUUUGGGAAGACGAACCUCGGCUGCGUCGGGGCCUGCUGCCGGUGCCAACGGCAAUCGAGCAAGACCGCCUUCUCUGCCCAACAGCGAAGUGGUGCAGGCAGGUGCAUCGUCGGAGGUCACCGUUGCAGCCGACAUGGUAUUCUCCUCGAGCGCCUCGCUGUCCGGUACGGCGAUCGUCGACUUUGUUCAGGCGCUCUCCGAUGUCUCGUGGGAAGAGAUCCAGUCGUCAGGCCUGACGGAACAUCCACGAAUGUUUUCGCUGCAAAAGCUCGUCGAGAUCUCUUACUACAACAUGGGUCGAAUCCGUAUGGAAUGGUCCAACAUCUGGGCCAUCCUUGGUGAACACUUCAACAUGGUCUGCUGCCACCCGAACGUGCACGUUUCCGCCUUUGGUCUCGAUUCCCUCCGCCAGCUAGCGAUGCGAUUCUUGGAGAAGGAGGAACUGCCGCACUUCAAGUUCCAGAAGGAUUUCUUGAAGCCGUUCGAGAUCACGAUGCAGCGCAACAGGAACUUGGAGGCCAAGGAGAUGGUGUUGCAGUGUUUGGAGCAGAUGAUCCAGUCCAGGGUGGACAACAUCAGGUCCGGGUGGAGGACGAUGUUCGGCGUGUUCGGUGCGGCAUCCCUGGCGCCUUCCGAGAGGGUCUCUGCGUAUGCGUUUGACUUGGUUCGCCAGCUCAACGUCAAACAUCUCGGUGCGAUCAUCGUCAAUGGAUCCUUUGCGGACCUUGCCAUCUGCGCAACGCAUUUCGCCAAAGCCAACAAGCAGAAGAUCAGUCUGCAAGCGACCGAGCUUCUCCGCGGUCUGGUCGAGGCGAUGCUCAGUGCGAAGGAAUGCCCGAUCGAAGAAGGUGGUGAUCCGGGACCUGCAGCGAGCACACCCAUGUCGGACGAUCCGAUGGUUCGAUUCUGGUUCCCUGUGCUGUUCGCCUUCCACGACAUCAUCAUGACCGGCGACGAUCUCGAGGUUCGUAGGGUCGCGCUCGACAGUCUCUUCUCCAUCCUCAAGCAGUACGGUCGUUCGUUCCGACCCGACUUCUGGGACACGGUGUGCCAGGAGAUCCUCUUCCCCAUCUUUGCCGUCCUCCGAUCUCGGCAGGAUGUCACGCGGUUCUCGUCGCACGAAGACAUGUCGGUGUGGCUCAGCACGACGCUCAUCCAAGCUCUGCGCAACCUGGUCGACCUCUGGACGUUCUACUUUGAGACGUUGGAGAGGCUGCUCCCUGGGCUGCUGGAUCUGCUGUGUGCGUGCAUUUGCCAGGAGAACGACACGCUGGCGAGGAUCGGGACGAGUUGCCUGCAGGGGUUGUUGGAGAAGAAUGUGAGGAAGUUGAGCGAGGAGAAGUGGGCGUUGGUGGUGGAUACGUUUUUGCAGCUGUUCAGGACUACGACGGCGCAUCAGUUGUUUGAUCCGGUGUUGAGGGCUGAUGGGUCCACACCCGGAGGAUCGGGAGCACCGGCCGAUUCGCCGCAGGAUGUCGUGGGGGGUGUGGCAGCGGGGACGAACGGAUUCCAGCGUCCCAAUCCUCUUUCUCCCGGACCCACGACUGAACCGCUUCCCGAAGCGGCAGAACCACAACCAGCGGUUCAACCCAUGUCGAGCUCAGACCGACGCCGAGCAUUCAAGCAGAUCAUCGUCAAAUGCGUCCUGCAACUCUUGCUCAUCGAAACGACGCACGAGCUGCUGCAAAACGAAGAGGUGUACCUCACCAUGCCCGCUGCCCAACUCUUGCGACUUACGAGCGUCCUGGAGGACUCGUACACCUUUUCGAAACGCUUCAACGCCGACAAGGAUCUUCGCGUCGCUCUGUGGAAGGUGGGAUUCAUGAAGCAACUCCCCAAUCUGCUGAAGCAGGAAUCGUCGUCGGCGGCGACACUGGUGCACAUCCUGGUCCGAAUGCACGGCGACGAUCGUGCGGAUCAUGUGGCGCUUCAAGGCAGGAUCAGAGAGAAACUGGUUCCGCUGGGCUACGAUAUCGUAUGUGGAUUCUUGCCGUUGGAUCCCGAGACUCAGGCGAGGAACAUCGCAGCAUGGAGUCCCGUGGUGGGCGAGAUUUUCACGGGCAUCUGCACUUUCGACGACGCGCAAGAGCAAGAUGGAGACAAGGUGUUUACGAAGCACAGCGGCGAGUUCUAUGCGCUGGCGGUGGAUCUGCUGAGCAAGGAGCCGUUGCCCGGUGAGAUCGCCGAGGCGUUGAGGACGUUCUUGUUCAAAGUUGGUGUCACCAGGGGAAUGAUAGAUCCGGUCAAGGAGGAGGAGAGGAAGAGGAGCGUGAGGGACGGCAAGGAGAAGGAAAAGUUGUUGGGCGAAGGGAUGAGGAGGGUCAGCAUGCAGGUGCCCGAACAGUGA